GCAGCGGCGCGGCGCCUGACCGCAGGGCUCCGCUCCGCUCCGCUCCCGAGGAUGCUGCGGGGCGAUGCCCGGCGACAGGGAGGACGAGAUCUGCCAGAAAGCGCUGCAGCUGCUGGCCGAGCUGUGCUCCGUCGGGGCGGUGGAGAACGAGAACUGCCGCGAUUUCAUCUACUACCUGCGGGACAGAGCCCGGCCCCGCCUCAGCGACUCAGAUAUCUCAAUAAGCUUGCUCUCCUUAGUUGUCACAGCCUGUGGUCUUGCUCUGUUUGGUGUCUCUCUGUUCGUAUCCUGGAAGCUGUGUUGGAUCCCUUGGCGAGAGCGUGGUCUGCCAUUCGGGAACAAAGACAACAAGCAGGAAUCGCUGAACUACACAGACACAGAGACCAAUGACCGUGACUACAGUGAGGAUUAUCUGGGUCAGCCUACAGCCUAUCCAGAGUCCUCCAUGAAGAUCAGCCACACCUCCCCUGAUAUUCCGUUAGACACCCAGGCGGGAGCGAAGGAGAACUGCGUCCACAAUGCACGAAUGCAUCGGCAGAUCACUGAACCAACCUCUUCUGCUCGGCACAAUUCGAUCCGAAGACAGCUCAACCUCUCCAACCCGGACUUCAACAUCCAGCAGGUUCAGAAACAAGAGCAGCUGAUGGGGAUCGGCCGCAUUAAGCCGGAGCUGUACAAGCAAAGAUCAGUGGACACGGACGACGGCCGGAGGAGUAACAGCAAGGCGUGUGGAAAACUGAACUUCAUUCUCAAAUAUGAUUGUGAUUUAGAGCAGCUGAUAGUGAAGAUUCACAAGGCCAUCAACCUGCCAGCAAAGGACUUCUCUGGAACUUCAGAUCCGUACGUGAAGAUAUAUCUGCUUCCUGACAGGAAGACAAAACACCAGACUAAAGUGCACAGAAAGACCCUAAAUCCAGUAUUUGAUGAAGUUUUUUUAUUUACUGUCCCGUACAAUGAUCUGAACACAAGGAAACUCCAUUUCUCUGUGUAUGACUUUGACAGAUUCUCCAGGCAUGACUUGAUUGGCCAAGUGGUAGUGGAUAAUUUUUUAGAUUUGGCAGAUUUUCCCAGGGAAUGUAAUAUUUGGAAGGAUAUUGAAUAUGUCACCAAUGAUAACGUGGAUCUUGGUGACCUUAUGUUUUCACUCUGCUACCUUCCAACAGCUGGUAGACUAACUAUUACAAUAAUAAAGGCAAGAAAUUUAAAAGCAAUGGAUAUCACAGGAGCAUCAGAUCCCUACGUGAAGGUUUCUUUAAUGUGUGAAGGAAGGCGACUAAAGAAAAGGAAAACUUCCACCAAGAGGAAUACCCUUAAUCCCGUUUACAAUGAAGCCAUAGUCUUUGAUGUCCCUCCAGAAAACAUUGACCAAAUUAACUUGUCGAUAGCUGUUAUGGAUUAUGACCGUGUAGGUCACAAUGAGGUCAUUGGAGUAUGUCAAGUAGGCAACGAUGCAGAAAGUCUAGGUCGUGACCACUGGAACGAAAUGCUCUCAUAUCCUCGGAAACCCAUUGCUCACUGGCAUCCUCUUGUAGAGGAAUCAAGUGGGGGAGGGUGUCCAGCGCAUCCAGGCUGUGCAGAGAAAUAUAUACACAGCAUAUCAUUUUGGUUCCUGAAUCAGGAUUAGACUCAGCGAGAGCUUCUGGAACCUCUGUGGCCACAGCCAUAGGACCCUGAAUAUUUGCUGAAUAGGACCCUCAGUCUUCUACUGUGUGAAGAGCUAUUGGUUUCAAGUAGCGUAAUGUUAUCCACUUGUAGCAUUAAUUCUCCAGCUGACACUAUUGCUACUGAUAGAUUAUUUGUAUGGUCGUAAGCAUUACCCAAAUUCAAGUCAUCAUUUCUGUUCAUUAGAAUAACCCAGGUUUUACAAGCAAAAUGAUAGCAAUGGAAACCAACAAGUAUGGGAAGCAGCAACAAACACAGUCCUUGUAUUUGCAAAAAAGGUGCAGUAUUGUGAAUGGAUAGCUUUCUAAAUAAUUUUUUUCAAGAAUGGUUGUCGUCAGACAUUUAUUUGUUGAUGACAAGUUGCGUCCUCAGUCUCAGUUGGUGCCUCCUUUCACCUACGUGAAAACAAAUUAAUAUGGUUGCUUGAAGAAAUCCUUCAAAUCUGAAAAACUGUAAAAAAAAAGUUCUGUUGGGUGCGAACAAGAUGCAUAUGGUAUUUGUAAUGACAGCAUGUUCUUUCAGAAAGAAGAUAACCAUCUGUAUAACGUGGAGGUUGUUAGUCCUCAACCUUUGUAGAUGAUAUUCCAGCCACUGUUUCUUAGUUGUGUCCACAAAAUGUUGGAAGCAUGUCACAGGCAGCAAUGCUUGAUCAUACAAACAAGCACACACACGUGUGUGCCUGGGCACAAACACACCCUAUGUCAUUUUAAAAUGCUGUUCCAAAUACGUAGUGCCUGUGAAGACUUCCUUUACUAUUUGUGGUAGAAUUAGCAGGGCUAUUUUACAUGAUGGUAUAUUGUAAAUUCUGACCAAUUCUGACCAUUAAAAGAAAAUAAAUCAAAGCACUGGACUCUUUCACGCAAUAAAAUCUAUGCCCCAAAACAAGAGGCCCUGAGAUAAUUUUUUUCCACUUAUUUAGCCAUGCAUGGAGUUCUCUCUUCCUCCAAAUUUUUCUAGAGAGAAUUUGAUUCAAGUUUUUACAUAAGAUUUUCUGUUUAAAAAACGCAAAUGCAAAGUAUGGGUAUUUUAUACGAUACUGUUGUCUGCUAUUUACUUACAGAUAGGGAGCCCUGGUCUUUAAAUAUAGUUCAGAUAAGUUUAUGUGCACACACAUUGCUUUGUGUCUUGUAUGUGUUGAGUGGUCACCAAGUGUUUUGGAUUUGCGACUUUGCUGACACAAAUAUGCAUGCACAGAUUGAAGAAAUAUUUAAAAUUCUUACCCCAAAUCUGAAAAAUUAGUUUUGUAACCUAUCAAUGAGGAUCUUUCAGAAAAUAAGGAUUGCUAGUGGGUAAAGCACAGCUUGGCACUUGCAGGAAAUCUUGGAUCUGUUGUGUGUGCUGCAGCUAUAAAGCAGAAGCCCUGUAAGUACAGUGGUUUUCAAAAAGUCUCGUGCCAUGCUGUGGAGAACACCGUGGGCAAGGGUGCUUCUGCCAAACUGAACACUUCAAAACCUGCCCAAGCACAGUUUCAGAUGAGUAACAACUGGGCAUUUAAAAAAAAA